CAUGAUGAUUACGUGAGGCAUGUGGGCGAUCUCGGGAACAUCCAAGCCAACUACAACGGCGAGGCUGACGUCUACAUCCACGACCGGCAGAUCUCCCUCGACCCGCACUCGCAGCGCUACAUCGGCAACCUGGCCAUCGUGGUGCACCAGGGGACGGACGACCUGGGCAGAGGCGGCAACGAGGACAGUUUGAAGACUGGUAACGCGGGGAAGCGCUCCGGCUGUGGGAUUAUUACGAUCCCCUACGCUACGCCCGUGCAAAGAUAUCGCCCCUCCCCAUUUUUGGGCUACCAGAGCGCUCCAAAUUUCAAACGCCGCUUCUGAAUAUAAGUUUUAAGCCAUAGACUCAACAUAAUCAUCAUGUAUUAUAUAUAAAUAUAUGCAAAAUUAAACUGUGCACAAAAAACAAAUUAAUUUAUAAUUUUGAGAUUUAUGCAUAAAUAUACAGAGAAAUU